AUGGAGAGAGGAGAUCAAGCUGGGACAACCAGGAAUGAGAAAGUUCUCAACUGCUUAUACAAAAAGCCCGAGGCCAUUUUUAAGCUGAUUUGCUUUCCUUGGGCGGGAGGUGGCUCCACUCAUUUUGCCAAAUGGGGACAAGACACUCAAGAUUUUCUGGAAGAGACAGUAUCUCACUAUGUUGCCAAGGCUGGUCUCAAACUCCUGGGCUCAAGUGAUUCUCCUGCCUCCGUCUACCCAUGUGGUGGGAAUAGGUGUGAGCCACUAUGCCUGGACAAAAUUCUUUGUCUGUUCUGGAUUCUAAUUUUUUUGGUAUUGCAUGCCAUAAGGCUUCCUGGAAGAGAAAGCCGAAUUGGAGAACCCAUGGCAACUGACAUCUACCAGAUAAUUGAUGAAAUUACUUGUGCCAUGCUGCCAGUCAUCCAGGAUAAACCGUUUGCAUUUUUUGGCCACAGCAUGGGAGGCUACAUUGCUUUUAAGACUGCACUACACCUAAAAGAAAAGCAUAAACUAGAACCAUUGCAUUUAUUUUUGUCAAGUGCCUUUUCUCCACAUUCAAAGUUCCAGAUUCAAAUUCCCAAAGAGAAUGGAUUGUCAGAAGAACAAAUUUGUCAUUACCUUGUGGCUUUUGGAGGCACCCCCAUGAAUUUUAUUGAAGACAAGGAACUUCAGCAACAAUAUAUGCCCACUGUGAUGGCAGAUGUGAACAUGCUUAGUAGAUGCAUCUCUGAGAGUCCAUCUAAGACUAUUCUUUCUUGUGACUUAACAUGUUUUCUUGGAUCUGAAGACAUAGACCUAGUAAAGGACACUGAAGUCUGGAAAGAUGUAACCACUGGAAGUGUAAACAUCCACAAGCUUCCAGGAGAUCACUUUUAUUUUAAGAAUCCUGCCAACGAGAAAUUCAUCAAGAACUACAUAAUCAAGUGUCUAGAAGUAUCAUCACUUGCCGAUUUUUAGAUAGUUUUCCU